AUGAAAGGACGGCUGCAACAAGCAACCCUUGACCUGCUCUCCGGCUGCGACAUCCAGUUCCGCCGCGAAAACCGCCUCGACAUCGCCCUGGUCAAGAACCUCCCGAUUGCCCUCAUCUUCCUGCCCGCAGCAGACAUCCCGACCUUUGUUGGCGAAGGCCGGGUCGACCUAGGUAUCACAGGUCGCGACCAGGUCGCCGAGCACGAUGCCAACGUGGCAGCCGGCGAGGCAUCAGGUGUGGAGGAGAUCCUCGAUCUCGGAUUCGGCGGCUGCAAGCUGCAGGUGCAGGUCCCCGAGAAGGGCGGCAUCUCCGAGGCCAAGGAGCUGAUCGGCCGAAACGUCGUGACCAGCUUCACUGCGCUGGCGUCGACCUUUUUUGCCAAGCUUGAGGGCGCCGAGUCAAGCCAGAAGCUCAACACGAAGAUCAAGUAUGUCGGUGGCAGCGUGGAGGCCGCGUGUGCGCUGGGCGUUGCCGAUGGAAUUGUUGACCUUGUCGGUACGUACUAUUCUUAUGAAUUCUAUACAUCACCUGUGCUAACGGCCACAGAAUCCGGCGAGACUAUGAAAGCGGCCGGCUUGAAGGCCAUCGACACCGUCGUCACAAGCACUGCCGUUCUGGUGAAGUCGCGCGAUUCUACCAAUGAACUCCUGAACCUGAUCACCUCGCGCAUUCGCGGUGUAAUCACCGCACAGAAGUUUGUUUUGUGUCAGUACAACAUCCCGCGGGCCGAGCUGUCGACCGCGUCCAAGAUCACCCCCGGCAAGCGUGCCCCUACCAUCACGGCACUCGAGGAGGAGAACUGGGUGGCCGUCAGCUCGAUGGUCGAAAAGAAACGCAUUGCUACGGUGAUGGAUGAGCUCAGCAAGGUCGGGGCGACGGAUAUCUUGGUUCUGACCAUUGCCAACUCGCGGACGGAUUAG